AGUAUGUGCGCGGGUGAGCCGUGGAUAACGCAGAGACACACCGAGUUUGCGCUCGUCGAGCGCGACUGCGCUCACGUCCGGCUCGACGGCCACAGCGCCGUGCACACGGUGGAAACGUACGCUGUGCACACACCGUGAGCGAACGUGAACGGGCGAGCGGACAGGCUUCUAGGGUGGACGUACCAGACAAGGCAGCGCGCUGCGCGUUGGGGUCCGGGUUCGAGAGACGGGCGAUUGGGACAGAGCAGAGUCGAGAGCGAGAGCGAAGGAGGCGAUGGCCCCCUCCUCGACGCCCUCGGCGAGCUUUUAUGGCUCGCAAGACGUGCACGGACCUCUUCCCCCGCGUCCUCUGCGUGCACGGUGCACGCCCGGCGGCAGGUCGCUGUUCGGGUCGCGGCGUGCUCGGAGUCGCUGUCUCUGUCUCCGCCAUUGGCGCCCCGUCUGCACGCGGACGUCGGCGUGAGCGUCAGCGCUGUCCGGGCCCCACGUACACGCAUCCCUGACGGUACGCGUAUUGCACGCAGGACCGCGCACGUCGCACUUCGGCAGGCGAGCAGCAAUGUCUGCGCUCGGUGGCCGCCCCGCGACGCAUUUACCGUCGUCGCGCGACGAUGUGCAGAUCGACGCGAGGCGACGCAGACCACCCUCUCCCUCCUCGCGGAUACACCAUGCAGAUGCACUCGGAGGACGAUGUACGGCGCGGGCAGCUCCGAGCUCGUUGCGGCUAGUCCGCUCGCAAGGUCCGUACGUACAGUUCGCGCCCCCCGAUCUGAUGCCCUCAGUACAGUGCCCCGAACCGACUCGGAGCACGGACAGGCUUGCAUGCGGCCGCGCGUGUCCACUGCGUCCAAGACGCCGUUUCCGUUUCUGUGCAGCUGCCACGCACAGGACAGACACGUCCGGUUCGGAAUCGCCGUGCCCCGCCGCGCCGUGCACGUCGCACCACGCGGCGCGCACGCCGCCACCGUGGAGGGCGGGGUAGGGCCUCCCGCCGACGCGUCGUCCCCGCGUCCCCGCGCUGUGCGGCUUCCGAGUCCCACUCCCGGCGGCGGCGCGCCGUUGCGCACUUGUACAGUACCC